AUGUUGAAUGACGGUGCAUGCUCUCGACAAUUAUCACACAUUAAAGAAGAAUCACAAUCACUUGAUCCAAAUAUCAGUUCUCCUUUACUUACAUUAUCAAAACAAAAUGAUUCAUGCUCGUCUCAAGUUUCCGAUAGAAACCAUUCACCUCGGCAAACUGUAGAACACUUCAAAAAAUCAGAAUGUUGCUACUUUUGUAUUUGUAACACGUCAAAGAGUUCAGAUGAUGAAUUAGAAGCAGAAAUCGAUCGAAUGAUCAUCGAUGAAAGCGUUAUUGUUAAUGGGGGACCAGCUACACAAGAAAAGCAACAACAUCUAAGCUUUCAGACAUACAAAAAUUUAUUGGUGAUCAGCAUUGCGUUUCUACUUCAAUUUACUGCAUUCAAUGGUAUGGGAAAUCUUCAAAGUUCACUCAACACAGAAGCCAAUGUUGGCGUCAAUUCAUUAUCGAUUUUAUAUGGAUUUCUGAUAUUUUCAUCUAUACUUUUACCACAUCCUUUGAUGGCUAUCUUCGGUCUUAAAUGGACUAUAAUAAUUUGUCAAAUAGCGUAA